CAUAGAGAAGAACCCGCGGGGGGACGGUACAACUUGAAGCUUGAGUCUUAAUAAACCACUAAAGUAACUCAACUCUGGCGUGUGUUAGUAUACUGUACUGUAUCGAUAAAAGGCAGAAGUCCUGUUAACUACUGAAGAUGAAGAAGGGAGGGAAAGAUUCUCGUCAAAAGAAGACUUCACCAAAGUCAGAAGCACUGUCUCCGGACAUGAGGUCUGUACUCUUCAAUCCCCAGUUAAAGGAAAUUAACAGUACCUCCUCAGUAGUGGUACCAGACACACCUCCCAUUUACCCCAAUAUAAGUUCGUCCAUAGCUUCCAGUGUGCUUUCAGUUAUGGAAACUCCAGAUAUGAUGGACAGUAACUCACCAAGAGAAGAUGAUGGUGAUGUAAACAUUAGGGAACAGGUAGAGAGGGCCAGACCUGCACAGAGAGUUGGUAGUGUUCGUGAGGAACUUGACGCCUUUAUUGACACCACUCCUGACCUUAAUUUAGGGAAAAGAAGGAGCCUUGUCUCCAUCUUGGAGUCUGAACAUUCCUUCUCAAACACUCUACAGUCACAAAAAAUGAAAAAUAGUUCUAUGGUUUCUGGUCAAAAUAAAGUCAAGAAAUCAAGGAAAGAAUCAACCAAAGAAAUUGGGAGUUUUUCACCCCAUAAAGGAAGAAAAAAGAGAAUGUCUCUAGCAGAUGUUAUAUUACCAUUUGAUCUCAACAAUACUAGAAUGGUCUCCAACAAACUUGGUAACAUAAGAGCUAAAGAACAAGAGAGAAGACAGUCGAUGAAUUCUCCAAGAAGAUCUACGCCUGCCAAGUCGAGGAAUUCUCCAAGAAGAUCUACGCCUGCCAAGUCGAGGAAUUCUCCAAGAAGAUCUACGCCUGCCAAGUCGAGGAAAUCCUCUCUCACUCACGCACUCAGAGAAGAUGUUGUUGAGUCUAAAAAUGAUAAGAACGCAACAAUAAUUUUUGAUAGUGAAGAUCUGGCUCUAACUCCAGUCUCUAGUAGCAGUCAGAAGACACUGGAGAAAACACUGCAUGGUAUUAUAGGUGGGCUAGAGUCUGAUAAAUUAGAUGAAACGGAACCUUUAGGACGGCUCCAACCUCUUAUGGUAGAUAAACAAAAAUACGAGCUCCCAAUACUUAGUUUACAAAGCUUGUGUCCAUCACUUGAUACAAGACUCAGUGGACCAGUGAAGAACCAGGAACAAACAAGAGACUCACUAGCAAGAAAUAAUGCUGCUAGAAAUGUUCCUGAUGAGCAGAACAAGACGAGGCCAAAAGGAACAUCAUUACACAGUGCUAAAUGUACCGAUGAGACAACGAAAGAUGGUUGUGAUGGUACACCAGGGCAGCCUCCAAGCCCUAAGCCAGAAUUGGAGUCAAUUUUACAAGGUCUUGUUGUCUACGUUGAGGUGCGCAUGGGAAGUGACAACCGCUCUUCAGUUAUUAAAGACCAGCUGAGAUCCUUGGGGGCGGACGUGCGAGAGAGACUGACUGUAGACGUCUCUCAUGUUGUCUUCAGGGAUGGUUCCAAGUAUGUUUUCGACCAAGCGAUGAAACGCGGACUUCACGUGGUGUCGUCACUGUGGGUGGAGGCUUGUCGGGAGAAGCUUCAGCGCGCACCGGAGGCUCUCUUCCCAAGUUGCUCAAUGGAGUCUUAUACCAAACCCUUGCUUACUGCCAAAUGGAGGAAAGUAAAGUCUAUGCAACCAAAGGAGUUCUCAGAAGAGGAGGCGUUAGCUGCCAAUCGUGCCCGUCGCCGUCACCGCCGCCUGCAGACCCUCGACUCCCCAGCAACUUCAUCAAGUACAGCAAGUGAUGUACAGUGUUUUACACCACAGUGCAAUGCUGCUAAGAAGGAGGCGGUUGACUCCCCACUGUUUGGCAUCAGUCAUCUCCUCACCCCACAACGGCGGAGCUCUGGAUCCUCAUCAUCAAGUGAGGAGGAGGAGGAAAACAUUACAGGAAUUGACUUGCCAACAAAAAUCAGCACCCCACUUGUAAAGCGCCUCUAUAAUAGGUUUAUUUCUCCGAGAUCAGGCAGUAACAGGAGAACGAUCAAUAGUGAUAAAGAAAGACAGGAAAACCCCUCCUUGAACUCAUCAUGGGAAGAUCUGUCUCAUAGAAAUAAAAAUGAGAAAUCCGAGAGAGAAAAGACAAGUAGUGUGGCCUUAGAUAAUUUAGAGUGUCAGAUGACGUUCGGAAGCAAAACACUUUCAGAAGAAUGUGUAAGAUUGAAGUUACGUCUAAGUGACACCAGCGCAACGAACAGUGAGAGUAGUAACGUUGAGGCGAUGGAAAUGCCGGUUAGAUUAAGUUCAAGUCUAUCCAGAGGUGAAAGUACAAGUAGUGUCGAUCAUGCUCAAGGGGACACACAGCAUGUAUUAGAAUUGAGGCCUAAAAGAUCCUGUAGAGUAAAUGGAAAGUUAACUAGACUUUCUGUAACCAAUAAAACUCUAUCUUCAGAAUGUGGAACUUCAAAAGUUAGGGAAAAUACAAGUUCAUUCACGUCAGAUUCCAGCCUUGAAGAUUUUGAGCAUGUUGAUAAGCCAAACCUCAGUUGUAAAAGAGUUAUAAGCUUAUUGUCAAGUUCAGAGGGAUUUUAUUCUGACCGUAUUGAUAAUUCUCUUUUAAAUAAAGUUCCACGAAAAAGAAGGUGGUUACCAUCGUCAGGAGAAAGUAUUUUAGGAGAUGUAAAUACUACUUCAAGUACAAGUUGUUUGGCCAUUCCACAACAGAGUACUUGUGAAACAGGUCUUGAAGACCCUCAGUAUAAAGGGAGAUUUACCAGAUCAAGGACAAAGUCUAACAAUAAGAUUAAAGUCUCUCCAGAGAAAAUCCCUGUGGAAGGAGACGGAAAACUGGCGAUAGAUUCAAAAUACAGAAAAACAAGCCAUCAGACACCACCGAAGAGACAAUCUACUUCAUCUGUUUCUAGUCAUAAAAAUACCAGGAAGAAGAGUAAUGGAGAAUUAAAUGAUGAUUUACACAAAGAGAAGGAAAGGUUAUCUCCAGAGAGUAAAACCCAUAUGUUAGAUAGUCAAUUUUUGCUCUCACAAGGUUCUCAAAGUACUUCUUGUCUCAGUUCCUCACAGGUUAGGAGGAGGAAACUGCUCUGCAUGGAUACAAUAGUGGCAUCUCAGGAACUCAUAGUGCCAGUUACUCCUGAAGCUCAUACAAGAAAGGAAGGAAUAUACACCAAGUUAAAAAUCAAGGGGAGCACAACCCAGCGAGCAGCCAUGAAGAAACAGAAGGAUCACUCCACUAUGCCACUCCCACGUAAUAGCAAAACAUCAAUACACGGAAAAAACAAAUCAGCCGAGUCUACUUUCUUAACGGAAGAGACUAAUCCCAGUAAAUCAUUGGGUAAUAUAAGUAAAAUCCUGAAGAGGUCAAAGACUUCAUCUUCGUCACAAAACCCGUCGUGUAAAUGGCCCGAGUCAGAGGACGACAGCGUCUUUAGCUCGGAGGAGGAGAGAGUGUCCAUUGCCUCCAAGAUCCUGCCAAUACCACGAGAUAGAGACUCGAUUGAGGAAUUUCAGAAUGUGAUGGACUUGAGACCAAGGCCGGAGAAGCCUAAAACCAUGAUGGGUGCAUCAAUAUGUUUAACCAGUAUCCACUCCAAAGAAAUUGGCAGUCUUGUUCCCAUAAUCAAGAAAUUGGGAGGUUUCCAAGUGAUAAACACUGUGAACAGCAGCACAACACAUGUAGUGUGUGGUGAGACCCGGCGCACCAUGAACCUCCUGCUGGGUAUAGCCAGGGGAUGUUGGAUAUUGGAUGUGUGUUGGCUGUACCAGUCCUUGGAGAUGGCGUCUUGGGCACCAGAGGAACCAUUUGAACUGUUUAUAUUCUGCCCUGGUGCUAAGAUCUGUCGAGAACAAAGAGAGAAUCAGAGAACGUCGUACCAGCAGACACUGUUCUCUGGAGUAGGCAGCAUUUUUGUCAAGGAAGGAUGUAUCCCUCCAUCAAAACAACUAAAGAAGCUGUUACAUUUGUGUGGAGCCGAUCUAGUCACCGACAUUCGUGAAGCAAACUUAGUGAUCGGGUCCCCCACUGCAGCAUCAGGAGCCCGGCGAGACUUUGCCCAGAUUACUCAUGUUUCGGAGAAGUGGGCAUUGGACUCUAUUCAGCAGCAUAAAAUUCAGUGUAUUAAUGAUUAUUCUGUGAGCUAGGCUGUCGACAAUGUAUUUAUUGUGAUUGGACCAUUAGUUGAUGGUAAUUUGGUCAUUCUUGCGAAAUAAGGAAUUAUCGCUUACCUUUCAUCCUCAGCCAAGAUCAUUGUUAAAAAUAAGUAGUUUUACAUCAGUACUCUAGAAUAUUUUCAGUCCCUAUAGUAAUAUUACCUAGUCAAAUUUUCUAUAAUCCUUAAUGGAACAACAAAUAUUGAACACAUUAUCUUAUUUAAAAUUUCUAAGACAGAUUAAAUGUUUUUGUUAUUGUUCAGUUUGUAUUUUUUUAGAUAAACUGAUUCAAUGUUAAUUCAAUAGAAAUAGAAAAAGAUCUACAUUUGUGUUGUUGAAUCAGGAUACAGACGUUUUUAAAUCUCCGUAUUGUACAGGAUUUCUGAAUCUUUACAGUGUUAAGACCAUAGAACUAGCAGCUUCUGGAACUGUAAUGCUCAAUAUUACUAUAGUUCAGUCUGUGACAAAAUGGCCAGAUUAUGAUGUUGAAUGAGUAAAGAUGUUUGAGAGAUAUAGUGAAAAUAAGUUAUGGUUUCUCAAAUUACUUCACAAGUAUAGUAUUGAUAUUUCACACCAGACUUUUUAUAUAUAUGUAGAAACAUACCAUUACAGAUACAGUAAUUUGUGAAGUUUUUCUCAUUGUGUUUAUGUCCUACCUUAAUGUAUCCGGUGUAUUGUUGAUCAAGUUCUGUAUUUAUGGAUCAGAAGUUUACUGUAUUGUGUAUGUCUCUGAUCAAACAGUUUAUAUAAUGACUAGAUAUAUAUAUUAUUGAUUAAAGUCUGUUUAUCAUU